UUUCCUUUGUGCGCCAUUUUCCCCGCAAACCAGACCAAAAAUACAACGCGACUAAGGGGACUUAGACAUCUGGAGAACAUUUCCUGUUGAUUUCACAAUGUCGGAGAACAAGGGAGCUGAUGAUCAGCAGAUAGUAAAGCCAGAGGGGGCAGAACACAUCAACUUAAAAGUCACAGGUCAAGAUGGUAGUGUGGUACACUUUAAAAUCAAGAAAAAUACACCGCUACGGAAAUUGAUGUCGGCAUACUGUGACAGAGUUGGAAUAAAAUUGGCAUCCUUGCGAUUUAGAUUUGACGGCAACCCAAUCAACGAGACGGACACUCCUACGGCACUCGACAUGGAAGAUGGAGACACGAUAGAUGUAUUUGCACAACAAACUGGAGGACAACGGUAAAUAAGAACAAAAGGAAAUAUUGGACUUUAUAAGGAACCUCAUCUCUCAGCAUUCAUCAUUCUCAUUUCUCAUAGGAACUUCUUAUCACUCAUCUCAUACUGACUUUGGCAGUCCUUGAUUGCUGUGGUGAAUGUUGUGAGGAGGAGAACUUGCAUAUUGUGAAGGAAGAAGUUGCCUCUGAGCUCAGCUUUCUUUGUGCUGUUUGUAAAUUGGUGUAAAGGACACAACAGAAAAAGAGUAGAGAGUGUGACUUUUGGUGUAAAGACAAAGCAAGCCGGGAUCACAAGAUGUUGGUCCCACACAAACUUUUCAUGUUAUUUGUAGUGUCCACGAACUAGGUCAUGUCACUUGUAUAUGUUUGUUUGUCAAAACAUUUUUAUUCAUUAAGUCAUUGACAUUCAUCUCAUAAAUAUUGGUAAAUAAACAUGUGGUUGUACAGUU